AUGCGCUCCUCGCCCUCUCCCCACAAACGCCGCGCCGCUGACCCAAAUGCCUGCGAAGGCAGCGUGCUCGUAAACUUCGGGGGUAUGCACAUCUACCCCAUGCGCUCGUGCCUGAAUCCCGACCUGCCCGCGACGACGCUCUACAUCACCGACGUGCCGGACCAGCUCGACCUUGGCUUCCACCCGAUCCACGGCCAGAAGGGAAGUCCCCGCGUGUACCGUGGCUGGUUCUACCGCGCAGCGCGCGACGGGGCGAGCGACGAGGGUGAGGUCGCCGUCAAGUGGGUGCGGGGGAUCAGGCGCAUAGAGGCGCUCGAGAGGGAACGCGAGAAUUAUUGCAGGCUGCUAGAGCUCCAGGGCGUCGUGAUCCCGCAUCUGUGGGACUACAUGGAGGCGACGAUCGAGGGCGUCGAUGUUGCGUGUUUGGUCAUUGAGUGGUGCGGUGAGCCCCAUCCUGAGGACCCCAGGCUGUUCAGUGCACAAAAACUGGAGCUAGCUGUUCUCCUGCACAAGGAAGGCUGGAGUCACGGCGAUCUACUCGACGUCGAUAGCCACCACUUCGUUGUGGCCGAGGACGAUGAGACGGGGAACCCGCUGCGGCUCGUCGACCUGACCAAAGCAUCGGAACACCGGUGUGUCUUCGAAGAUCCAGAGUGCUGUAUGAAGCCCAACCCCGGGGGCUGCCGCGAGCUGGAUACUCUGGCAGCGAUGCGUCUGCUGAACUUGUAG